CCCGGGCCGGGCGCGUUUCGCUCGGCUGUUGUGGCCGCGGCGGCCCGGGGACACGUGGUGCCGCCGCCGGGAGGGAGCCGAGCCGCGCUGCGCUGCGGGCCAGCAUGGCCGCCCUGGCCCCGGCGCCCGCCACCGGCAGCGGCAAUGGCAGCGGCGCGGGGGGCGGCAGCAGCCGGCACGAGAAGAGCCUGGGGCUGCUCACGGCCAAGUUCGUGGCGCUGCUGCAGGAGGCCAAGGACGGCGUGCUGGACCUCAAAGCGGCUGCUGAUACUCUUGCUGUCAGACAAAAAAGAAGAAUCUAUGACAUCACCAAUGUUUUGGAAGGGAUUGAUUUGAUUGAGAAAAAGUCAAAAAACAGCAUUCAGUGGAAAGGUGUAGGUGCUGGUUGCAAUACAAAAGAAGUCAUAGACAGGCUGAGGUAUCUGGAAGCUGAAAUUGAAGAUCUGGAACUAAAAGAAAAAGAGCUGGAUCAGCAAAAACUGUGGCUGCAGCAAAGCAUCAAAAAUGUAAUGGAAGACUCCACAAACAACCAAUUUUCAUACAUCACUCAUGAAGACAUCUGUAAUUGCUUCAAUGGAGACACGCUUCUAGCAAUUCAAGCACCUUGUGGUACACAGUUAGAAGUUCCUAUACCUGAAAUGGGACAAAAUGGACAAAAGAAAUACCAGAUCAAUCUAAAAAGCAGUUCAGGACCUAUCCAUGUUUUGCUUAUUAAUAAAGAAUCCAGUUCUUCCAAGCCUGUGGUUUUUCCAGUUCCUCCACCUGAUGACCUUGCACAGCCCCCAUCUCAACCUGCUCCACCAGUGACUCCCCCAAAACCUACCACAGCUACUCAAGAUACAUCAAAGCACCAUGGUCUUGACCAAGGGCAGCAUUUACCACAUACAUCUGUUGCAGAGACGCCACCAGAAAGCAGUUUGCAACAGAGUGAUACAGCUCCAGCAAAUCCUUACCCUAGCCUUCCAGAGUCUGGCCUGUACACUAGCCUUGUAACAGAUGUAACGCAAAAUACUGCUAGCUCAAAUGACUAUCCAGCCUUGCUUCCCUUGGACGUUAAUUGUAUUCUCAAGCCAAACUCAUUUGACAUUGCAAAGAUGGAAGAGCCCACAGGCACUAUUAGCGGUGAUAUCAUUGAUGAAUUAAUGUCUUCAGAUGUUUUUCCUCUCUUACGACUCUCUCCCACUCCUGGAGAUGACUACAACUUUAACCUGGAUGAUAAUGAAGGAGUCUGUGAUCUUUUUGAUGUGCAGAUACUAAAUUAUUAGAUUCGGUAUCAACCAGACUGUCAUAUCUACCUCUAACUAUGUAACAUUCUAGACUUCUUCAUAACCUAAGUAUUUAAAAUAAUGAAUGUAUAAAUUCUUAGCUCACCGACUUUGGGAGUGUUUUUCCUUUUGCUUCCUUAACUACUUCACAAAACUUUUUACAUUCAAAAACUAGAAGAAAGGGCUUUUUCAUUAUAAUGAAUUUCAGGUAAUUUGAUUUAAGAUCCCAAGUUCCCUUACUUUUUCUUCUGGAAGAAAAGUAAAAACCGUUUUAUAGCAGAUUUUUUUUUUUUUUUUUUGUAAUGACCCAGGCUUGUUACAGGUAAAAGCAUUGUGUAUGAAGCUUUACUGCCAAGAAGCUUUUUGUAUUUUUUAAAAUCUUUUUCAAACAAUUUUAAAACUUUCACUGCCAAACUAUAAGGUGAAGGACAGUAACAUGGUUAUGCUAAAUUGUUUCAGUGAACCAAUUUUGUGAAGUGCCUUCUGUUUUAGCACUUUAAAUUUCUCACAUUGACUUCUGACAUUCCACUUUCCUAGACAAUAGGAAAGGUCUGUUUGUAGUUUGUAUUAAAGUGUGCUGAUGCUUGUAUAUUAACAAGAUUUUUUUAAUAAAACUGUACAAAGAA